UUAUGUUAAGCUUUUCAACCUGCUCUUCAUGUCUCCAUCACCAUCUGGCCAUUUGGCUCUUUUUUUAAAUGUGUGAAGAUGAACAUGUUCCAGUGAUGUCUUUCUUUGCCUCUGCAGGAUAUCUGACGGUAACGAUAGAGCCAUUGCUGCCAGUUGUUGUGGGAGAUACCGUGACUCUAAAGUGCAACUUCAAGACAGAUGGAAGAUUGCGAGAGAUUGUUUGGUACAGGGUUACUGAUGGAGGCACUAUUAAGCAGAAGAUUUUUACGUACGAUGCUAUGUUCAAUACCAAUUACUCCCAUAUGGAGGAUUACCGGAGACGGGAAGACCUGGUGUAUCAAUCAACGGUCCGGCUUCCAGAGGUCCGGAUUUCAGACAACGGACCUUAUGAAUGCCAUGUAGGAAUCUAUGACCGAGCAACACGGGAGAAGGUCGUCCUGGCAUCAGGGAACGUUUUUCUUACGGUCAUGUCUCCACCCAACAACAUCUCAGUCGUGGCAGAGAACACGCCGGCACCUUUCAGCCGCUACCAGGCCCAGAAUCUUACUCUGGUCUGCACUGCCAAAGGAGGCAAACCAGCUCCAUCGGUAUAUUUCAAACGGGAUGGAGAGUUGAUAGAGGUGAUCUCCUAUGUUUCACCCACUGUUGGUUACGAGGGUGGUGGCUCAGCUGGCGUGCGUGGAGCCAGACCUCUGAUCAGCAGAGAUCUGGAUGACACUAAGCUGAGGAAGUCUCUAUCUCUGCUGGGUCCGGAGGGCAGGCCCGGACGCCUCUACACACAGAGCCCUGGGAGGAGCUACAUGGCCAAACAGCCAGGUCAAGAGCCCAGCCCGGCCACAGAGACCAUCCCAGAGACAGUAGUCAGCCGAGAGUUCCCACGGUGGGUUCAGAGCACAGAACCCCUGUAUUUCUUCAGCAACAUGCAAAUCCCCCAGAGCGAUGGGUCUGUGCUGGUCCAGGCCAAGCUCACCUGGACUCUGAAUCCACAGCUGGAUAAUGAUGCCCUGUUUAGCUGCGAGGUCUCCCACCCGGCUCUCUCCAUGCCUAUGCAGACUGAGGUCACACUGGCGGCUCCUAAAGGCCCCAAGCUUUCAAUAACACCUGCCAGGGCAAAGGUAGGGGAUACGGUUCGCAUCACCGUCCAAGGUUUCCAGGUAGGAUCUCCGGUGAAUGAGGUGUUUCCUGAGCCUCUGUUCACCUGGACGCGGGUAGGCAGCAGAUUGCUUGACGACAGUGCUGAGAGAGAUGGGAAGGAACUGGUGUUAGAGCGAGUGCCUGCAGAACUCAAUGGCUCCAUGUACCGCUGCACGGCCCAGAAUCCACUGGGCUCUACUGACACACACAUACGCCUCAUUGUUUUCGAAAACCCGAUGAAAAACACACAGAAUCCGAACAGUAAGUAUUUGAACGCCUCUGAUUAGAUUCCUUGACUGUGUGAGCUUUUUGCAGCUUCUUGUUUGAGAAGUCUAAUUGAUGUAUUAACAAUUACAAGAGAGCCGUUCCCAGUGUUUUCCUCUUAUGGGUGCUAUAAUUGCACAACUGAAGUUUUUAAAAAUGACAGAGAUUCAUCAAAGGUCGGAAUACUCUCCCAAAAUGCAUUGCACUCAAAAUGUUCUUCCAUUUCAAGAAUGACACAUGAACCAAAAGUUAUAUCUCACUAACUGAAUAUUUGCCCAGACAUUAAAACCUAUAUAUUUUUUGGGGUGGGAGAAAAUUUGAUUAAAUAAAUGUAUUUAUUGCUGAGAUAAUCACUUGUUGAAAUAAAUAAGCAACAAACAAGCAAUAAGUACAACAUACAGCAUAGGUCAUGUGACAACUCUAUUGCAUACUUCCUCUAGUGUCACCUUGACUGAUUAUUUUUAAAAAGUU